AUAGAGUCUCACCGCUUCCGGCCCUGCCGGGGGCGGGGCGGAAAAAGGAGCCGGAAGUUCGGUGGGCUCCGGGCGUCGAGAUGGAGGAGGGCGAGUACGAGUCGGUUCUCUGUGUCAAGCCAGAGGUUCACGUCUACCGCAUCCCGCCGCGAGCCACCAAUCGUGGCUACAGGGCCGCAGAGUGGCAGCUGGACCAGCCGUCAUGGAGUGGUCGGCUAAGGAUCACUGCAAAGGGGCAGGUGGCCUACAUCAAGCUGGAGGACAGGACGUCAGGGGAGCUCUUUGCUCAGGCACCGGUGGAUCAGUUUCCUGGCACAGCUGUGGAGAGUGUGACAGAUUCCAGCAGGUACUUCGUUAUCCGCAUUGAAGAUGAAAACGGGCGACGGGCAUUUAUUGGAAUUGGCUUUGGGGACCGAGGUGAUGCCUUUGACUUCAACGUUGCAUUGCAGGACCAUUUCAAGUGGGUCAAACAGCAGUGUGAAUUUGCAAAACAAGCCCAGAACCCAGACCAAGGCCCCAAACUGGACCUAGGCUUCAAGGAGGGCCAGAUGAUCAAGCUCAACAUCGCAAACAUGAAGAAGAAGGAAGGAGCAGCUGGGACUCCCCGAGUCCGACCUGCCAGCACAGGAGGGCUGAGCCUGCUCCCCCCGCCUCCAGGGGGCAAAACCUCCACACUGAUCCCUCCUCCCGGGGAGCACUUACCUGCUGGGGGAUCCCUCACCCAGCCAGCACUUGCUCCCGGUUCAGGCGGUGCCACUGUAUCCUGGCCCACACCCAAGCCUGCCACCGCUGCCACCGCAGACAUCUGGGGAGACUUUGCCAAAUCCACAGGGUCAACUUCCAGCCAGACUCAGCCAGGCACAGGCUGGGUCCAGUUCUAACCUGAGCACAGUUCUCUUUUUCCUCAUAUGACUUCUGGGAAGGAGCUGCCCAUCUGGGUCAAAGGAAGGAGGACGAAGCACUCCCUGGCUGGCCUCUGUUUGAAGCACCACUUUCCUCUCCUUCUUGCCUGGCUCUUGACAAACUCCAUGUGAGGCAGUAAAUUGGCACCAUGGCACACUAUUUCCUGGAAUUCAAGUAUGCACCAGAAUACAGGAGAAGACAAGCUCCUGGGGCCCUCUCCCCAUCUGUCCUCUCAAGACUCUUAGACUAUACAUCUUCCAUCACAAUGACCCAUGUUAAACACAAGCCCUCCAAGCAAAAGAAUGGGUUGAGUUUGCCGCCUGGAUUUAGAUCAGCCCUCUCAAGUGUCCCAUGAUCACUGCUCGGCGGUGGGGAGUUUCUGCACCCCCAUUGGCUGUAGCCAUUUCGGUCAGUCUGCCUUCCAGAGGAGGGAUUUCUUCCUGAUUUCUAGCAGGUUUAUAAUAGGCUACAGAUUGAACAAACAAUCAGGAGGAAAUUGGAAGGCCUGAGCAGCUUUUUAAAGUGCUUAACUAUUUUGCUUUGCUAAUGUGCUAAUCUGCACUAACUCAUCUUUGCAAAAGGAACUGCUCCUGCAGUGUGCCCCAGCAGGGCCUCUGAAGGCCUUCCGCACUGUCAGCAGCUGCUGAGCUUAGGCAGCCGUGCUCACCUCUGCCCAGGUGCCUGCUUUUCACAUCUUCCAGGCCAGGUAGGCACUGGGAACAAGAUGGAACAGUGGGGAGGACCAGUGUUGUCGCAGAGGUGGCCUCAGCCUUCCUGUCUGCUGGCAGCUUUCUGGGCUCGCAGAUUCACAGCACAGCUCCCAGCAGACUGGGGUUUUCUCUUUGGUGGUUUCUGAAGUGCCUUAUCUGCAGACAGCCAUUUUCUUUUCUCCUUCAGGGACUGUGAAUGACAGAAGGAGCUCAAUGUACUGGAAGUCCAGGGUUGCCUGGAUUACUGGUUUAUAGACUUAAGACAUCGUUUAAGUGUUUAUCUGAGCACACCUCUGAAAUUGCCUUUAUCAACUUACCUCUCAAUUGAAAGAUUUCUUUUUGAAGGGUCAAGACCAUGAACUGAAAAGAGUGUUGGCCUCUUUGUGGGACCAGAUUUUUAAGAUUAAAAAAAUAAAUAUUUUUACUUCUAUCAA